AUCUGUCUCCAAGCAAUGUACAAACAUAAAAUUUGAUUUAUUUUCACCAAUCAUUCGUCACAUAAACAUCAAAAUUCCAGUUUUCUAAUUUCGGACACAAACUAAAUUUUUCAAAUAACACCUUCAAAAUGUCUGACGACGAAGAUGAUACUGCACCAGUCAAAUUUGAAUUCUCACCGGAGAGCAAAUUGGAUGAAGAUCAUCUUUUCUAUUUACAAUUCACAAACAACUUUAUAAGUAACGUCACACGGCCCAGGGAUUUUGAUCACUGCACGAGAUGGCUAGAACGGCUGGCAGGCGAGCCGAUGUACGGCAUCGAGGCGAAACGGAACCGCAACAUGUAUCUGGCAAUGCUGCUGAUCGCCAUGCAGGACAACCGGGUGGUGGGCCCCUUUGCCUCGUUCCCCCCCGCCGGCCCCCUGCCCAAGGCCAACGAGGCCUUUUGGUCUAACGGAGAAGCACGACGACAACGAGGCAGCUCUCAUGCUCCACGAGAAAGACAGAGAACUCAACAUGGAUGACUACCGGUUUGUUUCUGAAGACGGUCGUACUUACACGGCCUCUUGCACCCUGCCUGAGGGGCGGGGAGUCAUGGGAUAUGUGGGUAUCUCCACUGGAGGCGGGGAGGGGCUAUGGAUCAACAAGGAAGGAGAGAAUGUAUGCCUUCAAGAUUUUUGUCCGGAGCGUAUUGAAACGGUGACAACAAAUACGUCACUCAAGAAGCAAGCUGAA